AAACUAACUUACAAAAGAAGCUCAGGCCAUCUGACUGUUUGGGUGGAGUGGGGAACUGAAAGCAAAUAUAUUAAAAACUUCCUUGUUAAGUACAGAGAGUUCAACACUACAAAGUGGAAAGAGCAACAGUCUAAAAACAACAAAGAAUGUGUUUUAUGGAAUCUGACGCCAUCUCUGCCUUACGAGUUGCAAACACAGUGUGUUCCCAACAAAGAGUGUGCGCAGUGUCCACUCAGUAAGUAUGCAAACAGUGAGGCUGUGGCUAACUACAGUGUGACAGUGAGGAAAGUAUCCGGGGAACCCAGCAAUCGGGACAGUUUCAGUUCUGAAGAUUCAUCUCUCACCCUGAUCCUGUCUUACUCUGCAUAUAACAUCAGCAUCAGGGCUUUAAACAGUGCUGGAUCGUCUCCUGUCUCCAGUAUAGCCAUCGAGCAAAUGGACGAAUGGAGGGCAUUUUCAAAACAAAUGUUUUUUUUUGGUCUUUUUUUGAAUGCAGUUUUUCAGCCCUAUACAAGAUAUUAUUUCUUCCUGCACAUCAGACCAUACCAAGACACCUGCAACAUGAAGAAUGUGAACGACAGUGAGACGACCUACGGCACAGCCCAAACUUACUUCACUGAAGGAAGUCCAAUCAGUGCUCCUGGGAAUGUUAGCAUUUUGAAUAUUACCCAGCAUUCCUCAGUAAUUACGUGGAGCCCUGUGUCUGAGGAAGACCUGCGUGGAUUCUUAUUGGGCUACUGCAUCUACUUGACAGAGGACAAUAAUGAAACAUCCUUCAAAGUGGAUCCCAGCAUGAACAGCUAUGAGCUGCAGAAUCUUGAGAGCAACAGUGCGCACCGUGUGCUGCUCUCUGCAUUUACUGCAGCUGGAGAAGGAGAGCGCAGUGAUUUCACACACUUUGUCACAAAACCGCCAGAAUUCACAGCUUUGAACAGCAUUAUAGCCGCGGUCGUUGUAGGAAUAAUAAUUCUUUUACUAGCGGUUCACUUCAGCUUCCGGCUUCUGCACAGAGCCAAGAAACUGCUGUGGCCGAGUAUACCAAAUCCUGAGAACAGCAAUGCUGUUCAGAAAAUUGAAAUUGCCUAUGAACUGUCCAACUCGACAGUAUCCGACUUCGUCCCAGCAUCCCAACCUGCUGUGGUUUUCAUGAGCGAUUACACUACCAUGGAGAUCUUCCAGCAGGUCACUAUGACUGGGAUUCAGGGUCCAUCCAUACAAACAGUAAAACCUGGAUUGGUUGCUGUACAUCCGGGGCAGGAUUAUGUUCAGCAGUCCUAUUUUUUGCAAGAAAUAGCCAAGGAACCACCAGGGGCAUUUAACGGUACUGAUUUUUUGAACCCAGAAAUCACAGUGCUUUGAGAUGCUCUUAUCCGGUGAUUUAGAGGACACUUACUGUACGGACACAAUCCCUCUGGGGCACUUUGAGAUCAGGAGCUUCAAUUCAGGGUACAAUGCUCAUUGUCCUGUUCCUGACAGCUUUAGCUGCUACUCAACACCUCCCAUAAAAGAUGGAAUACGCUACUUGUAUUGACAGUGAAUUGGACUCAGGUCUCCGAAUUCUACCUCUGAAGCACCAGUUCUUGCGACAGAGACCACUGCAUCAAUGACACAGCCCUAGAUGUUCCUUAAAAGGGGUCAUGAAAAGCAUUUUCAGAUCUUUAUAUUAUGUUUCUGGAGGUUAUCAAUGUUUUAUUGCAUAAAAAAAAUUGUAAACUACGACAAGUUUCCAUCCUUAUUUUCACUAUUUC